AGUCGGACAUUAGUUCGCUCUUGAUUUUUGUCUAUAAUCACGCAACUUCCAACUCAUGAAGAGCAAAUGGGGAACACUUCAUCGAAAGAAGAAGUGAAGUUUGAUCGUAAACUCGGUGAAGGGUCCUACGCAGAGGUAUACAAAGCUGUUUGGAGGAAAACACCAGUUGCCGCAAAAAAACUCCACACUAACUUGUUGGAGAAGACCAAUGUUAAGGCGCAAUUCAAAGCAGAGUGGGAAUUGUUGAGCCGAUUGGAUCACCCCAAUAUUGUGAAAUAUUUAUCCGUUGUUUUGCCUAAAUCCCCGCAAGAUGCACCGAUCAUUAUCACAGAGCUUUUGGAACAAGAUUUGGGUAAAUUCAUAUCUUCACAAAGAAAUCGCCAUUGCAAAGUUAGCUUUCGCGACACAGUGUUCAUAAUGCUUGAUGUCGCCAAAGGACUCGAUUAUCUUCAUCAAAGACCAUAGCCAGUAGUACAUAGAGACCUUGCUUGUAAGAAUAUUUUGUUAACUGCUAACAAACAAGCGAAGAUUGCCGACUUUGGAAUUGCGAGAUGUUUUCCGGGAGGUGAGAUGGCUGCUACGGCAAACAUUGGGACAAUUUUUACUCGAGCUCCCGAAACAUAUGGGAAGUGGUGUUAUAGCAGAGAACAUAAGAACUACGGAACUAAAGCUGAUAUAUUUUCUUUUGGCGUCGUUCUUCUGGAAGUAAUAGUCGGUCAUCUUUCUGUGCGCUUGUCUGAACUUCGUACGGAAGAUGGAAAAAUUGUGCCAGAAACUAUUCGCCGAAGUGAGGAUCUCCAUGAAAUACAACCCGAACAUCCUCUACGUCCUCUGGUCCUGGUCUGUCUGGAAGAUGAACCCGAAGACCGUCCGACAGCCGAAAACUUGGUGAACACCCUCACAGGCUUCAAAGAUAGUAAUGAACAACACCGAUCGCAGGAAAAUCUCAACAGCAGAAAGCGUGUUGAUCGAGUUACUUUUGGUCAGUAUGACUACGAGUUUAAAGUUGUGUUGGUUGGCGAUUUGGGUGUGGGCAAAACAAGCAUCGGAAGGAAAUUUGUUCUACCCUCACGUCCAUUUCAAGACUAUAUGCCAACGACAAUUGCUGGGGGAGAAUACAACGAGCGUCUUCAGCUUAAAGGAAAAUCGAUUUUCCUACAAAUUGUGGACACAGCAGGAGAGUUUAACAAUAGCAGCUCGCUCCCGCAACUGUACAGAGGAGUUCACGGGGCGGCUGUUGUUUUUGAUGUGGCUUCGAAGGCUUCUUUGGCAAGUGUGCGUCAAUGGGUCUCCAUGGUGCGUGAAAAAUGUGGCAAUGACAUACCCAUAAUCCUUGUGGGGAACAAGAUAGACUGUAAGCGCAGACAAGUGAGUAUUGAAACAGCGGAAAAAAUGUGUCAAGAUUUCAAUCUUUUUUAUAUUGAAGCGAGCGCCAAAACUGGUCUGAAUAUCGACGAGACAUUUUCUGUGUUAUUAGAGCAGUUAAUGGAGCAGAGAGACCAACAAGAUUUUUCUCGUCCCUCAAGGAGUUCUGCUCCAUAUCGGCGAAGCGUGGAUUUAAGAGCAAAGCAGUAUGCUUCUGUUUCACAAAUCACGGAGAGGGAGCCGGCCGUGCGGAGAAGAAUCAAUAAAGAUCCUGAUAGCCUAAGUCUGAAUUCAGACAUUAAUAAAGAACGGAACCAUACAACUCCUUUGUUGGUCCCUGAAGCUGACAGAAAGAAAAAAUCCUGCUGCUCUUAAAUGGAAGCUUAGUACAAAGUGUAUGGCUAAGACCGGCCUCCAUUCUCCCAGCUAGUCUGUCGGACGCUUCUUUCGGUAAAUGGACUCUAUAUUUCAGUGAAAAGAACCAGAAGAACGUGUUCUGACUGAAUUGUACUUGACCUUUGAGGAAGGCUAUAGUCAAUUUCCAAGCUCGAACGCGGACUAUUUUAAAGUAAAAUUGUGGGAGUUUAAAUAUUUAACAUUGUGACGUAAAAUGUGCUAGCACUCACGAGCAGGGGACGUUAGCAUUUCUUGUACACCAACCAGAAACAGUUCUCCCAGGUCGUAAAGCAGCCUGAGUUAAAAGGGAUUUAUACUCCUGCAACGAUGCAAUUUUAUUUUCUAUCCUUCGAAAUAAUUCUGUCGGUAAAUGAAAAUAAUUUACAACAAUUCAAUUUCCCCAGCUAGUCUUUGUUAUAUUACUAGCUGUGCAGAGCGUUGUUAAUUAAUAUUGCAGAGCUGUUCACAAGGCGAAAACGAUGAGUUUUUUCGUUGAAUGGUUAAACUGACAAAAGAUGUUCACUAAGGCAGGACGAUUUUUGUUACUCGUGUGUAAAACAUUCCUCCUUAUGAGACAUUGUAGUCAAUUUUCUUUAACCCCCCCCCCCUUUUAUAAUCUGUUAGCGACGAAUGAUUCCCUUCCGUUCCUCCGGAAAACCACAUCACCCCCACCCACUUCUUGGUCCCUAAAUUGGAAGUAUUCAUGAAAUUUCGAGUUUAAAACUUAUGAAUCAUGAGAGAAAAUAUUAAGAAAAUGAAUCAUUGCGCUUAAAGUGGGAAUCACGAAUCUCAAAGGUCAAAUGAUCGUCAUGAUUCUAGUUCCACCCCCGAAAAUGUGGCCAUGCUCUAAAUCUUUUCCGACCAAACAAAUGAUAAAGGUUAGGACGAACCAUACAUUAAUAAAUAC